AUGAAAGCCAACACCUUAUCUUGUUUUAGAGAAGUACUUCAAGAAGAAGCUGAUGACCAGCUUCAUGGCGGCGAUGCUGAUCAUCAAGCUGAUCAAGGUGAAGCUGAUGUUCCUGCUGCCGCUGGUGGUCGGGGUGAGCACCGCCAAGAAGAUCCUCCUCAAGGUGCUCCUCUUCCUCUUCCCCGCCCUGGCCCACCUCUUCAAGCUCUGCGCCUUCUACCACCACCACCACAGCAAGUACCACCUCCACCACCACCACCAGGUGGCGCACCACCAUCACCACCCGCCCCCCGUCUACUACCCCUCUCAUCCGGAGUACUACGCGCACCCUCCCCCUGGUGCCGAGAUCAUCCACCGCAGCGAGCAGGCCGGCAACGAACUGUCUUCGUGGGGCAUCGAAUGACUCUCUUUUGGCACCCUCACUUCCAGGAACUACCGGAUUGGCUGGAGUCCAGUCGUCGCUCUCGGAAUUGGAACGCCUAA